AGAAAUUACACAAGGAAUAUUCAUUCUCUUCCCUCAAAGACUUCAUAAUACAGGCGGCACUGACAGUGAAUUAUGGAAAAGAUGGAUUUAUUCUACAUUUUAUUUAUUUUAGCCUGUCUUCAUGUCCACAAUGUAAGGAGUAAUAUUGUGAAACCAGUGACCGUCUCAAACACAGAGAUAAAAAAUACCCGGGAGUUAGAAGUUCAGAAUGUCAAUGACAAUCCUCCGAUCUUCCAGAGUAAAACAUACAGUGCCACAGUGUCAGAGGCGACAGCUGUGGGUUCAGAUGUGCUCAGGGUUAUAGCGGAAGAUGCAGAUGUUUCUCCAGAAAACAACAAAAUUAUAUAUUCUAUACUGCCUCCAGCACCAGAUGAACUUGAAGUGAGAAGUGACGGAUACAUCCGUUUGACACAACCUCUGAACUACGACAAUGCUCAACAGCACAUCUUCACCGUGCAAGCUAAAGAUAUAGGAGAUCUCAGUGACACCACAACAGUUACAAUAACAGUUGAAGAUUUUGACAAUCUAAACCCUUAUUUUGAUCACAGUCUCUACAAGGCAUCCAUUAAGGAAAAUCAGGUAGGACAGUUUUCAAACGUCACUCCUGAGGCCAUAAAAGCUCAAGAUGGCGACACGGGCAUCAACGAGCCUGUAGUUUACAGCAUAAAAUCAGUCCUUCCAAAUGAAUAUCAGAGCAACUUUGACAUUGAUAGAAAAAGUGGAGUCAUCUCUGUGAAAACAGCACUAGACAGAGAGGAAAUCGACCAGAUAACUGUUCACAUUCAGGCAACUCAGCAGUAUGAUGCCAGUAAGACUGCUAACGCUGUGGUGUCCGUCACCAUUGAGGAUGUGGAUGACAAACCUCCAAAAUUUGACCAGGAUGAGUACACCGUAUCUAUUCUGGAAAAUUCACCACAGUAUCAGUUGGUUCUUCAGAUUACAGUCACUGAUCUAGACAUGGGUGGGUUCUCUAAAGGCCACUUUAUCAUGGUUAGCGAUACCUUCGUUAUCAACAAUCAAGGAGUAAUAUCACUCCGGGGCGAUGCUUCCUUGGAUAGAGAAACUGUAGACAAUUACAUCCUACAGGUUGUAGCUGUAGACCAGCCUGUCGAUGGUUUAAGCUCCACAGCUCAGGUCAUCAUCACUGUUCUGGACGUCAACGACAACAACCCACAAUUCCUUCCUCUCCCAGAGCCCAUUGAGAUUCAGGAAGGUGCGUACACACCCUCAUCACCUGGAGAGGUGUGCAAAAUCUCAGCCACAGACGCUGACAUUGGAGACAACGGUCGUGUCACCAUCACUACUUCCUCACACAGUGAAUUCUUCAGCUUCAGAGAGGAUGGGACUCUACUAGCUAUCGAGGAGCUGGAUCGAGAGACACAGGAUGUGUAUGAUGUGGUCAUUGUUGCUAUGGAUCAUGGGAUGCCACAGGGAAAUAACAUCACCACAGUGAGGGUCAGUAUCACAGACGUCAAUGACAACGCUCCAGUUUUCAGCUCUGACACCUACAGCAAAAGCAUUCUGGUUAAAGACGCCAAGGUUGGAGAGGUGCUGCUGACGCUCUCGGCCACAGAUAAAGAUGCUGGAAACAACGCGCUAAUUAGUUACAGUUUCUCUGAAGGCUCCUCAAUAGUCGCAUUGGAUGCUGACACAGGAGACAUCACUUUGACCUCUGACCUUAGCGAGGUCACAGAAGACACGCUGCUAAACCUCACUGCUAUAGCGACAGAUCAUGGAACACCACCAGAAUCUGAUGAAGCCGAAGUCUUGAUCUACUUCAAAAUUGCUCCUUUCACUGAGAGUGUGAGUUUUGAAAGCUCCUCCUACAAGUUCACAAUAAAGGAGAAUGAACCUGAGACCUCAAUAGUGGGCAAGGUCAAGUCAUUAACAGGAAGUCCACUGGCUACAGUCAGCUAUAACAUGAAGUCACACAAGCAUGUCUUCUCUGUGGAUGGUGAGGGAACCAUAAAAGCUCUGAGACCGCUGGACAAGGAGGAAGAGGAGUGGUACAUCCUCACAGUAGAAGCCAUAGACUCCAGAACUCCUCCAAACACUGCAGAGACAACGGUCAGCAUUCAGGUUGAGAACGUGAAUGAAGGUCCUGUGUUUGACGCUGAAAUAUAUGAAGCAGAGAUUUUCAGUAUCUCUCCAUACAAAUUCCCUAUAGUGAAGGUCCAGGCAUUGGACCCUGAUGUGGGCGAGAGCUCAGAACUGCAAUAUUCCCUGCUGGAGUCCACAACUCUGCUGGAUGUGGAGGCAAGUACUGGUCAGGUCUACGUACUGGAUGCAUCCACAUUUGGAGGCAAUCUGUUCACCUUUCAGGUUAAAGCCACUGAUAAACAUGGGCUGUUCAUGACUACAACACUACAGAUCGAAGUAAAACAAAGUUUUGACAGCAUCGCAGUCAUUUCCCUAAACCGGCCCAUAUACAUAGUGGAGAAGAAUAUACCAGAGAUGGAAGAUUCCAUGGGGAAAGUUUUAGGCUGGACUGUGAAAAUCCUCAGUGUGAGAGCUGAGGAUGGGAAUGAGAAGCGCACCAUUCUUAGAGAAUCUACUGCCAAGACUUACGUCAGUUUCAUCGCCAUGGACUCCAGUGGUGCGCUCAUCCAAGCCACGGUGGUCAAAGAGAAACUGAACAGUAAGAGCGAAGAUUUAACAUCUGAACUGCAGAAGGUUUUUGGACCUGGUUUGGUAAUCAAAGUGGAGGACAGUUCUGGAGACUCUGGAGAAUCCAGUCAAACCAUCAAAUACGCUCUCAUCGCUGUCAGUGUUGUGCUGGCUGUAGUCAGUGUGACUUCAGUGGUGAUGAUUGUCUAUCUUGUCAAGGAAGAGGGCACAGAUGAAACUGAAACUGAAAGAAGACACAGUAUUGACCACGUUGCUGACUUUAACACGUAAGUGCCAAAAUAUUGUUAAAUAUCUGAUACAAAUAGUUUGAAAAGAUUGUUCUCAAAUACAAAAUAUGCAUCAGUUACAAUGUUUUUAUCUGCAUUGAUUUGUUCUGAGAUGUUUGACUAAACAUGUUUCUUCUUUUGUUAACAGAGACCAAGAACUAAGAUAGGUAAAGCCCCCUGCUGUAACAA